AUGAAAAUGCUGAGUAAAUCACAUCACGGAACAAAUUGCACGGUGGUCUAUCUGGACAAAUGUAUGUCGCAAAAGCAGUGCAGUCGGCAAUGUCUUGUAAGUUCACUAACAUAUUCUAAAUCUUGGGCGCCUCGAUGUUGCGUUGGUUUCAUACAGGAUGUUGCGAAUGUAUUGGGCACACUUGCCUUCCUUAUGGAUCCACAACAGCACGAUGUAAAUACUGUACCGAUUUUGAGGACACUGUGGCUUCCAGGCGAACAGAGUUUUGAUGUCUGA